GAGAAAGUCUCAGUCCAGACCGGUAGGAGCCCAGUUGUGAGAAGCACCAAGCAGCACAGCAGGCUGACAGUGUGGAGCAAUGGGUGACUGGAGUCUUCUGGGGAGACUAUUAGAUGCUGCACAGGAGCGCUCCACAGUGAUUGGCAAGGUCUGGCUGACAGUCCUGUUCAUUUUCCGGAUCCUGCUGCUGGGAGCUGGGGUGGAGUCAGUGUGGGGAGAUGAGCAGUCAGGCUUCACCUGCAACACCCAGCAGCCAGGCUGUGAGAACGUCUGCUAUGACCAGGCCUUCCCCAUCUCCCACACCCGCUUCUGGGUGCUGCAGAUCAUCUUUGUGUCCACGCCCACCCUCAUCUACCUGGGGCACGUGCUGCACAUUGUGCGCAUGGAACAGAAGAAGAGAGGGCACGAGGAAGAGCAAGUGAAGGGAGACAACGACCAAGUCCAGAGGAACAGGCACCCAGUGCAGGAUGACCAGGGAAAUGUCCGCAUCGCUGGGGCCCUGCUUCGGACCUACAUCUUCAACAUCAUCUUUAAGAUUGUAUUGGAAGUGGGCUUCAUUGUUGGACAGUACUUUCUGUAUGGCUUUCAGCUGAAGCCACUCUACCGCUGUGACAGGUGGCCCUGCCCCAACACGGUGGACUGCUUCAUCUCCAGGCCCACAGAGAAGACCAUCUUCAUCAUCUUCAUGCUGGUCGUGGCCUGCCUGUCCCUCUUACUCAACAUGCUGGAGAUAUACCACCUGGGCUGGAAGAAACUUAAACAGAACGUGAAAAACCACUAUGGCCCUGACACUCCUGAUUCAAGGAUGGGGACCACAAGAGUUGGAGAUGUGAUCCCACUGCCCUCCUGCUAGGCCACAGCCACUGGUACUGUGGGGUGCCCUCCUAACUAUACUCUCUCUGCCUUUUGCCUGGGACAGGAAGUGGCCACAGCCUGUCCUGGCUCCCCCCCACCAGCAACUGACCUCAAUGUGACAGCCCCACCCCUGGCAUGGGGGAAGAGCCUCCCUGAAAAAUUGUACAAUAGUAACCAUCACCUGCUAAUGACAGAGCAGAACUGGGCCAACCAGGAGACCAAGCAGCAGACAUCUGUUAGGAAGGUCUCCCUGCCCGUGUCCACAUCUUCCUCCUUUACCCCUCCAGGCAGUCCCCAGCCACUCCCACAAGAGGACAGAACAGGCAGCAAGGAGUCUGUCCAGCUGGAGAAUGGGGACGGCAGCAGCUUGGGAGAGAGCAGACUGGAAGUGAUUCCCGAUGAGGGGCAGCAGGCAGUGACCACCGCUGUGGAGAUGCACCUGCCCCAUUUGCCCCCCACAGACACCAGACAGUCAAUCAGGGCCAGUAAGUCCAGUGGCAGUCGGGCCAGACCCAAUGACUUGGCCAUCUAGUCAGCUCUAUAAUGACCUCUUUUCUAGCCACCAAAACCAAAGUGCACUUCAAAUGAGCAGGUAGAAAGCCUAGAGGGACAGAGGGCACUGGAGCAGGGGAGGGAGAAGGUCAUCAGAGAGGUCUGGUUUCUGUGUCAGUGCUUGCUGUCCUCCAUGCUGGUGGGGUGGGGAGAACACUGAUGCUUUCUAUGGGGGGUGGGGGAAAGUGGGGUGCAGGGGCUGAUGGCCUUUGAAGGUAUUCACUGCAACCCACAGCCCAGAAUCCAGCCACUCUCUCAGGUGUUUCUGUCUCUCGGGGAACUCUUCUGUGGUGAUAAAGAGGCAGGUGUCUGCAGUCACUUCAUUUUGGGGUCAUUAGGUUUUCUGUCCUGAGCUCUCCAGAGCCUCUGGGCAGCCCAGAAGGCCACAGCUGCACUUAGCGCUAUCUUCUAUUGAACACUUGUAACAUAGAGUCAAAGUUAAUUUGGGAUAUUUGCCAGACUGCACUAACAGGAGACUUAGAGCAAGCCUGUGCAGUGUCACUGGAGAUUCUGAAAUUUCACAUGAAGCCCAGGAUAUGCAAGUAUGCAAGUGCAGGCUGCAUGACAAGUGACAAUGAUGAGCUGCUCCCCAGAGGCAUAGAUUCGUGGGUGAGGGCACAGAGGCAGCUGGGAAGAAAGCAGGUGAAAAUGCAGCCACACUUGACAUCACUUUUAACAGCUGAGGAAACUGAAAUAAAAGCGUGGCAGGCCCACUUUUGUGUUUGUUUUUAAAUGAUAUGUUUCUGCUUUGAAUUGUACAGAUAGGCUUAUGUCCCCCACUCUCUCCCUUUCAGGAAAAAAACGAGAGAAAUUUAGUACUGUUACAAGGAUGCUGACUGAGGGAGUGCUCACGUUUCCCAUUUGCUACUAGUAAAGAUUUGAAUUUCUUUUACCUGAAAUGCUUUGAGUGCAUGAGUCAGCUUAUUACUAAGACAACGUACCAGAUAAAAUAAAAGCAGAGAAAAACUUAAGUGACUUUUAUGUACCUGAAAUUGUCAACUUUUUGAAUGGGAAAAGUUAGCUGCUGUUGCC